AUGUCUUCACGCGACGACGCCUCUUCGGCCUCGACAUAUGAGUCGCAGAACGCGACCGGGCUGCCGCCGACGUACGCCUCCUUCUCCCCCGUCACCCUGUCCGCCAAGACGCCUUCGCGAUCUGCUCGCCGUUCGAACAUCCUAGUCCAUCAAAAGAGUCCGCUGCUGCUGGCCACUCCACCGCAAGUCACCCGUGCUCUUGCGUACAGUCACCCCUUUCUGCUGCCGCUGAACAAGUUUGUUGGCCUGUUGACAUGGAGCACCGGUGAUCCGUGGCAGAGCUUUCUGCUGCUGUCAGCCUUUUGGCUGGUAGUGCUAUACGGAGAUGUCGUGGUGCGAAGAGCCGGUCCCGUGGUAAUCGGCAUGGUCAUCAUCGCCGGCAUGUAUGGACGACGAUACAGCCCAUUAAGCAGCAGCGGCUGGGCUGAGCCGGCUCGACCGACCAAGGAUGCGUCUAGUGUCAGCACCGCUUCGGCUGCCGCAUCCCACGGCGAAGGGGCCAGCUCUAAAAAGGCUAAGCACCAAAGGGCUGCGUCUGAAAUCACAAGCACCAAACACCAGAAAACGCUUGACGAGAUUGUCGAGACGCUAAAAGAGUUUACUGGUCGAUGCAAUGUUCUGAUGGAACCAUUGCUGGAAAUGACAGACUUUCUCAGCACACAGCGAACCCCCACGAGUGCAACCACGAAACCCGCCUUGACAGCCAUGUUUGUGAGACUUCUUAUUGUAACUCCCUUCUGGCUCGCCUUGACAAUGCCGCCAUUCCACGUCAUCACCACUCGUCGUGUUGUUUUGGUGGUUGGCACAAUCCUAUUGACUUGGCAUGCGAGGCCCUUGAGAGUGACGAGAACUCUUCUGUGGAGGAGCUCGCUUGUCAGACGGUCCGCAGCGGCAAUCACCGGGCUCCGUUUUGACGGGCCUCUCAAGACCGGACACAAGCUGGCUGCCGAAGCGGCCAAGAGCCACGCCGCCGCUGCCGGCAAAGGGAACCGCAAGGCUGGGCGCAGCAAAAGCUCUGGCGUCAAGUUCACAUUCAUCAUUUACGAAAACCAGCGUCGUUGGGUUGGUUUGGGUUGGACAGCGAGUCUCUUUGCUUACGAACGCCCUGCGUGGACUGACGAGCACAACAACCCUGUGCCGUCUAGGGAUGAGUUUGAGCUGCCCGACGUCGAGGACGGGAGCAGGAUGCGUUGGCAAUGGGUCGAGGGCAGUCAGUGGAGAGUGGAUGGUGUGCCUGAUGAGAAAGGGCCUGUCGACUAUGACGGCGAGGAGGGCAAGAAUGGCUGGAUAUACUAUGACAACAAGUGGCAAUAUGGUCGACGGGGUCAGGACGGCUGGGUAAAGUGGACUCGGCGACGGAAGUGGUACCGAGAUGCCGAGCUCGUUGAAGUCGAUGAAUCAGACCAGCAUGUACAACUCGUGCCGGGCCAGAACGGUACCUCCAAGUCACCGAAGAAGGACUACAAGAAGGGCUACUCUACUUCUGAUGAGAAAAUGGUACCAGUUCGUGCCGAGCCGCAACCCACGGCCGGUGACCAACCUGGCACCGACGACGACGGUGCAUCAAUCCUCUCCACCUCUUCCAAAUCAUCAUUCUGGCCCUCGUCAUUCAGGAGACGGGCGGUGGAGAAGUCGAGCACAUUGGCAGAAAAGGGCCAACCGAGGAACAUUGCCGAGCCAGUACCCGACGAUGAUGCCAGCGGGCUAGAUUUAGAAACGGAGUUGGAAUUACAAAAGCAAGGCAAGGACGGCGGCCGAUGGGGUAUUGGGGAUGAAGCACACAUGAAUCUGGAAUGA